GUUAAACGAGCCGGCUGCUAAUCCGUCGACAAGGCUUCAUUCCAUUUCUUCGGCACAGAAGUCGUUCUUUAAUAUCCUUGAGCCUAAGGACGAGGAGUCUUUGGCUUUCAUUAAACAUACUUAUAGGCCUGGGGGGAAAUUACGCGAUUAUACAGAUCGCGAGCCCAUUCUCGCCCUCAUCUAUCAUGCUUCAAACUAUUACACCAUGACUAUCGGCCGAACCUUCAACGUCGUUGGCGCCCACUGUGGCGGCGAGGUCUGCGACGUCAUCGUCGGAGGCGUCCUCGACGUCCCAGGCAAAACAAUGUUUGAAAAAAUGAUGCAUUUCUGGAAAAAAGCGGACCACUUGCGCAACCUGUUGAUGAACGAGCCCCGAGGCUCGUCGUCAAUGUGCGUCAACUUGGUCCUUCCGCCAUGCAACCCCGAAGCCGACGCGGGCUUCAUAAUCAUGGAGCACGAGGAGUACCCUCCCAUGUCUGGCGCCAAUACCAUCGCUGUGAGCACCGUCCUUUUGGAGACGGGCAUGGUACCGAUGCAGGAACCCACCACUACACUCCGUCUGGAUACGCCAGCCGGUCUGGUGACGGUUACAGCUGAGUGCAAGGACGGAAAAGUAACAUUUGUGGAGUUUCAAAACGUUCCGGCUUUCGUCUACGGGUUGGAUCUGGAUAUCAACGUGCAGGGCUUCGACACGCCCGUCAAGGCUGAUAUUGCGUGGGGAGGAAUGUGGUAUGCGCUGGUCGACGCGAGCUCAGUGGGCCUACACAUCAAGACGGAGAACGGAAAAGAAUUGGUCGACGUAGGCGAGCGGAUCAAAAGAGCUAUCCAAACGCAGACGAGCCCGGUACACCCCGAAAACCCAGAGAUCCGGGGCGUCAGUGUCUUCGAGUUCACAGAACCGCUGUCGCCCUACACGUCAGAUGCACAGCAAACUGCCGUGAACACCGUGGUGGUCUCCCCGGGAAGACUGGACCGGAGUCCGUGUGGAACGGGAACAUGUGCGUGGUUGGCGGUUCUCCACAAGAGAGGUCAGCUCGCGGUCGGAGGAUCGUUCCGACACCGCAGCGUGAUUGGAACCGAAUUUGUCGGAACGGUGAAGAGUGAGGCAAAGGUUGGGGACUAUGAUGCUGUCAUUCCCGUGGUGAAGGGGGCUGCCUGGAUAACGGCUUUCAAGCAAGUCAUCUUACACCCCACAGAUCCAUUCCCUGAAGGGUUCAGGGUUGGAGAUAAGUGGCAUGUCAGUUAGAAGAUUCAGGUCCCGCAGAUCUUGGCUACUUUAGUACAUAUUAUUCAAGUGAUCGGCACAAGUCAUUUUGCCUUCCUUUUCUUCGAGAAAACUUUCUGUCUCAGCCGCUUCUUCAACGGCGUUUGACUCGGUACGUAAAUCUGCCCGUCCAAAUGUACGUCAGGCCCGCAUUCACAGGUGCCGUGCCACAGCCAAGCCGGGGUAUCAUGCAGGCAUAUAACACUUGAACAUUUCAAGGUCCAGAGACU